UUCGUGAUGGUGAUUCACACUCCUUCAUGAAGCCCAUGCUUACUUUGGCAAAAUAGUUCGGCCAUGGAAAUUCUCUCCGCUUCCCCUCGGCUCAGUCAAGCCUGGAGGAUGGAUGCUCGGUGAGAUGACCGCCAUGGCGAAUGGCCUCGCGGGCCAUGAGCACGAUUUUUACGUCUACGUCAACCAGUCUAGCUGGCUAAACACGCCUGGCAAUGGUGGAUCCGAGUACAGCUCUCUAAACGAAGGGCUGCCGUACUGGUUCAACGGGCUUGUCCCACUGGCGUAUCAGCUUGACGACGCGAGGCUCAAGGCGCAGGUCCAGGAUGUUGCCGACACCGUCUUGGGAUUCCAGGCUACAGACGGCUGGAUCGGGCCAGAGGUUGGCAAUGCGAGGAACUUUUGGGCGCGGACGCCUUUCUUCCUCGGCUUGACGCAGCUUGCAGAGGCGGAUAGCUCGUGGGAAGAUCGAGUUGUCACGGCACUUCGUCGCUUCAUGACGUUGGCGAAUAAGAUGCUCAACAAUAACAGCCAGGGCUUUGUGAACUGCGCGAGCAAUGUGGACUGCACUUGGGGACAGGCGCGCGUGCAUGACCUGAUCAUUACUAUCCAGUGGCUGCUGGAGAAGUACCCGUCUGAUCAGGAUUCCCUGCUGUGGGAGAAUAUGAAUCUGUUUUACUCGCAGACCAACUUUAAGUGGGCGGAUUGGUAUACCGAGGGAGUGUUCCAGCAAGUAGUGGACCCAACGAAUUCCUCCAACUUUGUUUAUAUCCACGGUGUGAAUGUUGGCCAAGGCCUUAAGGCAUCCUCGGUCAUAUACAGAAUGACUGGAGACGAUGAGAUGAUUACAAAGAGCGAGAAUGCCGUAGACUGGAGCUUCCAGUACCACGGCUCGGCCUCUGGUUCUAUCCUCGCAGAUGAGAGGGAACGUGACUUGUCAUCCUACAUUGGCAGCGAGCUCUGCACGGCUGUUGAGACGGCCUACUCAAUGGCCUACAUGUACCAGGUCCUUGGCAACAAUGCCUAUGCUGAUCGUGCCGAAAGAACCAUCUUCAACGCCUUCCCCGUCAUGCUUACUGGCGAUAAAUGGGCCCACCAAUACAUGGAUAGCCCGAAUCAGCCAUAUGCUCUCAGCAUUAUCCAACCCGACGGCAGCGUGCCGCAGGUGUUUACGACAGCAAACAGCGGCGUGGCCACGACGUAUGGCAUGGAGCCACUGUAUCCGUGCUGCACGGUGAAUCAUCCUCAGGGCUAUCCUAAAUUUGUGGCCAACAGCUGGGUAUUGUAUAACGGUGGUUUGGCGCACGCUUUGCUUAGUCCAUCAACUGUGACGACUGUUGUCAAGGGAGGUUCAGUAACGGUUGAGUGUGACACCAACUAUCCGUUUAGCAACGUUCUCACAUAUUACGUUAACGCUGAUAAGCCAUUCACUUUAUACUUGCGUAUGCCGGAGUGGGCUGACGGCCAGAUGUCGACCUUGACACAGUCUGGCGCCUCUUCGUCUCGCCUGACUCUCGAUGCUGAUGGGACAACUGGCAUGACCAGGAUCAAUCUUAAUGCCGGCAAGACGAUAAUCACCUACAUCAUUGUCGCGGGCGUUAGAACAGAAGAGAGACCUAACAACAGCGUGGCGGUCUUUUAUGGAAACUUGCUCUAUGCGCUGGAUGUUGGCUUUGCGGAGACUUCAUCACUGCCGCAUGCGUAUUACAAUCCCACUGGUCCUGGCAUUUCGGGCCUGCCAUUUUCAGAGCUGCGCGACUAUUAUAUCAACAGCACCAAGCCGUGGAAUGUUGCCAUUGAUCCUUCUACGAUACAAUACCACGGAGUCAGCAGUAGUGCGACCCUCCCAGAUCCCAUUUUCGAGCAGGGCGCUCCGCCGAACUACAUGACCGUUGAUGGCUGCCAGAUCGACUGGCCGUUGUAUCUCGGCGUCACGCCGGAUGUGCCACCCCAGGGUAGGACAUGUGUGGGGCCGAGGCGGUCGUACAGGCUGGUGCCGUAUGGAGGAGCAAAGGUGCAUAUGUCGGAUUUGCCCACCGUAACCUUUUAAGGCUUUGGGCGAGAAUGAGGAUUAGCAUGAGGUAUGAGAUGCAAUGAGGUAUGAGGUGCAAUGAGGCAUUGCCUGACGAAGAUGUACGGUUUUUGACGUCUUUGUUUUUAUUCAGUUAUUGUUUUUGUACAUAUGGGAUGGUGGGAUGGCCGGAGUGAUGCAUAGA